GUCACUGGGCUGGGCUGAAAAACAUGAAACUAACGGAGCAAGAUCUGCUUCGAGUCGAGCAUCUUCUGCCUCUGAUUGAAUUUACCAAAAUACGCAAUAUACGCAUCCACAUAUUAUUCUUAACCCUUAGUCCACACACUGGGAUUGUCGGGAUGUUGAAUAGGCCUCGUCAUCAGGCCUGACCCCUUAUAACUCAUGGAAAAGCAGGAAGGAACAUGUGCCACUGGGAAACCCAGUGGGCUCAAACCUCCGAGUAAAAUAGCACGUCCAUCUGGGGUACCAACAAGGACAUCCCCAUCCUCUGGUACAUCAAAGCCAGUUCCCUCUGAGAAGUCCCCUGUUGGUGUUACGUCUCCAUCCCAAGAUGCCACUGUAGAUUUUCAGAUUGGGGAGAGGGUCUGGGUCAAUGGAAACAAACCUGGUCAUGUACGGUUUAUUGGAGAAGCACAAUUUGCCCCUGGUCAGUGGGCAGGUAUUGAGUUGGAUGAGCCAAUUGGGAAGAACAAUGGUUCUGUGGCAGAGGUUGUGUAUUUUAAGUGUGAAGAUGGUCGAGGGAUAUUUACUCGACCAUCAAAGUUAUCUAGGACCGCUGUCCCAGAAAAGGUGGCCAAUGGGGGUGAGGCCAGCCCAGCACAAGGCUCUGGACGCUCUGCACCAAAUGAACCUGCACCCUCUGCUGCUACCUCAACUGCUCAGGGGUCUGGCAUCAAGACGAGCAGUGCACUUGCCCGAAAGCUUGUAUCCAGCGAGUCUGUUUCUAACCUGUCAGAUGCAGACUCCAUAAAGAAGAACAAACGGGAGUUGAGACUAGGAGACCGUGUGCUGGUAGGUGGGACAAAGGCCGGUGUAGUGAGGUUUCUUGGUGAGACAGACUUUGCCAAAGGAGAGUGGUGUGGAGUCGAACUUGAUGAACCACUUGGCAAAAAUGAUGGAGCUGUGGCAGGGACCAGGUAUUUCCAGUGCAUGCCUCGGUAUGGUUUGUUUGCCCCGGUCCACAAGGUAACACGUAUUGGAUUUCCCUGCACAACUCCCACAAAGACAAAGAGCUCACGGCGCAGGUCCGGUAUCAUGAGGAGUCCCAGUGCCUCCUCCAUCAGUUCUCUAAGCUCUGCCACUUCCUCGAUCAGUGGAAAGCCGAGCAGAGCAGGACUGUUGACAGAGACAUCAGCACGUUAUGCACGCAAGAUUUCGGGUACCACAGCAUUGCAGGAAGCUCUGAAGGAGAAGCAGCAGCACAUUGAGCAGCUUUUAGUCGAGCGAGAUCUGGAAAGAUGUGAAGUUGCAAAGGCCACAAGCCACGCAGGAGAGGUGCAACAAGAACUGGUUCUGCUGAGGAAAUGCCGAGACCAGUAUGCCAUAGAUAUGGAGGCAAAACUGGAUCAGCUGCGUUCAUUGGUUGAAGCUGCGGAUCGAGAGAAAGUGGAACUGCUAAAUCAGCUUGAAGAAGAGAAAAGGAAAGUUGAGGAUUUGCAAUUUCGAGUUGAAGAGGCAUGCAUUACCAAAGGGGACCUGGAGACGCAGACGAGGCUGGAGCAUGCCCACAUAAAGGACCUAGAGCAGAGUCUGCUUUUUGAAAAGACCAAAGCUGAAAAACUCCAGAGGGAUUUAGAGGAUGCUAGGGUGGCCACUGUGUCGGAGCGAUCGCGCAUCAUGGAGCUGGAGCGAGAGGUUUCCGAUCUUCAGCUCCGGCUCAGAGCGGUCCAGCAGCAAGAGGACACCGUGUCACUCUCUCAGCAACAGAUCAGCAGCCUUAAAACACAGGCACAAGCCCAGGAGAAAAAGAUCAGCGAACUGAGUGUGGAUUUGGAGAGCAAACAGAAGGAGCUUCAGUCUGCGCUGCAAUAUAAGAGUUCACUAGAGCAGCAGUUAACCAGCAUGAGAAAAGAGGCUGAGCUGCAUACAGAAGAAAAUAGGAAAAAGAUGCAAGAGCUAGAGCACAAUGUUAAUCAGACAAAUAAAAACUAUCAAUCCCUGAAAGAGGAGAGCCAGCAUAGAGAGAGUGAGCUUAAGGUCCAGCUGACACAGGCAAAUGAGGAAACAGAAAAGUGCGCACUUUCUCUUGUGGAGCUUACUGCUGAGAAUAAGGCACUACAAACACAGCUUGAGUCUUUGAAGCAACAGAAUGCUAAAUACAAGGAGGAACUUUCGUUAUCAAGGGAGCGGAGCAACUCUGAAAACCAGCACAUUGGAGCGCUCUGCAAGGAAAUUGAGGAGCUGAAGGUGGCUUCCCACAGUCAGCUUUGUGAGGAUCACAACAGCCAAGAGCCGGGCAGAGAGACUGGUUUAAUGGAUAAAGACAGAGAACUGGAAUCUCUAAGAAAUGAGAUCGCAGUGCUGCGGGGGGAGAGUGCAGUGGCAAAGACUCUACAAAGGGCAGUGGAGACACUGGAGAGGGAUAAGGCCGAGCUCCAGAGCCGGGUUCAAAGUUUAGAGCAUAGGCUCAAGGGAAAACAGGUCCCGAAAGGUGAAGACCAGGACGACCCUGCAGGUGAUAGAGCUUUUCAGCAGCUGAGAGAGGAGAAGGAGUUUGCGGAGGGACAGAUCAAUUUCCUCAACAGUGUCAUCGUUGACCUUCAGCGGAAAAAUGAGGAGUUGAAGAUUAAGCUGAAGAAGCUGGCUUUGUCCGAAUUUAAUGGAAAUGACGAGGCAGAGGGAUUUGAUGCCGCUUCAAAGCGUGAGAAGAAGUCAACGCCACGCCUCUUCUGUGACAUCUGCGACUGUUUCGACCUCCAUGACACAGAGGACUGUCCCACUCAGGCCCAGAGCCCCGACUCUGUGCCACACACCACGUACCACGGUAAUCCAGCUGAGGAGAGGCCCUACUGUGACAUCUGUGAGGCUUUUGGACACGCAACCCAGUCCUGCAAUGAUGACCAAACCUUCUGAUCACAGCCACCCCUCUGCAGAGACCCCCUAUGUAUUUUUUUACGGUAUUUAUGCAUAUCAUUGUCAGUAAACACACCCCAUCUUAACCCUGACUCUACCAAAUUACUGCAUGUCUCCAAGCAUUAGCUGUUUGUCUAUAAAAGCUUGUCCAAAAACUGAAUUGGUGCAAUAUUUUUUAUGUUUUAAACAAAAGUAAUCUGUCCUGUGGACUUCAUGUAACAAUGUUUCCUUUGAAUAUAACAGUGUCAAAAACGAGUAAUGGUCCAUUUGUAUUGUGUUGUGGGCUUUUUUUUAAAGAGAAAAAUAUUUAUGCACAUUUAGGGCAGAAGGGAAAUCAAACACUUCAGACAUUAUCUAAUGUAUACAGUUCUUACCAUAGAUGAGAUACUGCCAUGAAAUAAAAGGUUUUAAUUCUUUUAAAAUAAAUUUUCUGUUUUAGUUACCAGUAGAAUAUGACCACUGAACAAAUUUACUUUUUUUCAGGUCUUUCUUUGUC